AUGACCCUGAUCUCAGACGACCCUAGUUAUUGGCCACUCAUCAACUCUGGGCGUAUUGGGAGCUAUUUUGAAGUUGCCGCUGGUGUUGCAGUGGUGUAUGAUUGGGCCCUUACGUUCGGGCAAGAGGUUGAACUGGUCUGGAGACAACAUUGGUCCCUGAUGACCAUUCUCUAUCUGAGUGUACGUGGCUUGCCUGCUGUGAAUUUGUGCUGGCUUGACAAUAUCCUAGCUGCGCUAUCUUGGAUUGUUAUUUGUCAUCCUGAACAUACUGGUCGAUCUUCCAACAAUCUUGUUGACAGAUGCAGUGAGUCUUCUGCACCGAUGCCAGUGCCUGCUAGUCCCAUUCAGUUAACCGCGAUACCCUGUAGGGAUGUGGGCCGGAUUCUGUACCUCGUGUGGGAUUGGACGAAUGUUGUGGCAUUUCCAAUGCUGUGUGUCAUCAUGAUCACUCGGUUACAUGCCAUGUAUCAACGAUCCACAAGGAUCCUGAUAUUUCUCGUCGUCGUGUGUUUGGCUGUCAACAUUGUCGACUUAGUGGUCAUGGCAAUGGAAACGACGCAAACUUCAGGAGAGGAACUCAUUCUCUCUGGCACAUAUUCGUGCACGAUUGGCAAUGGGGACAAUGCCCCACUUCUGUUUUCCAUUACUUGGAUACUCGGCACUGUCUGGGAGGUCCUCACGCUGUGUCUCGCAGUCUGGAUUGCUGUAAAACACUUCCGUGAACUGCGACAGUAUUCGGCAGGAGGGAUUAUGGGCGACUGUUUCACGGUGUUGAUAAAAUCCCACGUGUUUUACUUUGCGAGUUAUGUUGCCGUGUCUUGCUUCAGCCUCAUUGUUAAUUUGUCUCCAACACUCUUGACGAACCCAUUUUCCCUGGAAAAUCAGAUUUUAAUUGGUGUUGGUCAGAUUUUGGGACCCAUACAGUCCUUUGUGUUGGGACCACGCCUCGUCCUAAGCGUUCGAGAAUAUAACGCUCGGCUCGUGGCUGACUCUGAUGCAGCAACAGCCAUGACCUCGAUCGCUUUCCAAGAGCGCGUGCAUAUAUCGACUGGCAGUAGCGUGUAGCAUGGGAGAUGCUCGAUGAAGUUAACGGUGGUCUGGUGCUCUGCAGGGAGCAGGAGAAUUUUGCAGAGUGGAUUUCAAGGAAACAUGGGUAUUGGCAC